AUGAAUGAUAUGAGUGUUAAACAACAACAGAUUGAAUCAUUGAACAGUGAAAUACAAAUUUUACAGAAAAAAUUAGAUAGUAAAACAAAAGCAUUUGCAAUAUUAAUAAAUGAACUUGAAACAUUAAAACAUGAACGUGAUCAAUUUAAAUCACUUGUCGAUAGUUUACAAGAAAAAUGUGGUCAACUUAAAAAACAAUUGACGAAUAAGAUAGAUCCUCUCAGCACAAUUCAUCAUUCUCAAAUAGUCUAUGAAAAUCCAAAUGAUUCAACAAUACAUCUGUUAAAAACAGCUCUUAAAAAUGUUCAAGAUGAAAAAGAAACAUUACAAACAAAAAUAGAUGAACUUAUACGUGAACUCAAUGAUGUUAAAGGCGAUUUAUCAAUUUUUCGUCAAAAACGUCAUCGAACUCGUAUUGGUAGUAAUCAAAAGGAUCAUGAUGAUAAAGAAAUAAAUCAUCAUAAUGAAGAACAAACAAUUUUAUUAAAACGUUUAGAACAAUCAAAUGAACGAAUAAAUCAACUUGAUAAUGAUUUGAAAUUAAUUGUUUGUCAAAAAGAAGAACUUGAAAUUGAACGUGAUUCAUUUAAAACAAAAUUUUGUAAAUUAAAUCAAGAAUUAAAUAAAAUUUUAAAUGGAAACGAAAAACAUAUUGUUGAUAUUGAACUUGUUCUAUCUGAAAAUCGAUAUUUAAAAGAAAAAAUAAAUGAAUUAAUACAAGAAAAAAAUCUUCUUGCAGCUAAUGCUGCUAAAUAUAAAGAACUUUUACAAACACAUCGUUCAGCAUAUAAUCGUUUAGGAAAAGUACAAUCUUCAGGAAGUAUAUUAACGAAUAAACAAGUUCGAAGUUUAAUAAAUCAAAGUUAUCUUGUUCCGAAUACGCCAGAGACUGAACAAGAUUUACGAUCAAUUGCAGAAGCUUUAUAUGACAAUAUAAAAGAUAAAAAUAUAACAAUUAUUCAUCAAAGAAAAACAAAUAAAGUAUUAGCUAAUCGUGUGACAGAAUUAGAAAAUCUUCUUGCUGAAAGUAGUCUCGCUUCUAAAUCUGAUCAAACCAGUUCGCUUAUUAAUUUACUCGAUCGAGCACCAACUCCAACUAUUUCUGAUAGUGCAACAUCUGAAUUUGUUAAUAGUAUUGAUGAAUUACAACAACCAUCACCUACUCAAAUAAUAAGUUUUUCUCAAACAUGGCCAACACCAACGUCACCACCAAUUCGAACAUCGGAAGAUGAUUUUAAUAAUAAAAUAAAAACAAUGAAAAAUACUCCAGCAGCAAUUAAAAAUACACUUGAAUGUCAUCAAUCAACAAAAAUUCGAAGUAAAUCAGAAAGUAUAGAUUUAGAAAUGGAUGAUCCAUUACAAUUAACUACUUUAACAUCAUCAAUAGCUUAUUUAGAAGAACGAGAUCUUAUUCCGCCUACAACUCCAGAUCACGAUCUUCAUUUAUCAAAUCAAGAUGAUAUUGAUCAUCUACAAAAACUUCUUAAUACGGCUAUAGAUAAAAAUAUAACACGACAAUCGACACAAAUAACUAAUUCAAAAUCCACAGCUUCCAAUCUCACAUGUUAA